AUGUCUACCACUUCAAUCGACGCAUCUUCCCCAAGUGCCUACGGGCCCUCUGAAACAGCUCUUCUUCUCCUUGAUUGGUACACCCUGUUCAUCGAGAAGGUUGCUGGUCCAACUGCUGAGCCAGCCUUGAAGGUUGCAGUUGAACUCCGAAACUGGGCCAAGGCUCACAACAUCACUGUCGUUCACUGCCUCAUCGAUGCAAACGGCACUCCAUUCCCAGCCUGCAAAGGCGUCAAUCGCUUCCAAGGGCUCUUGCAAACCAUGAAGACCCUGGAAGAACCUGAACCAGCUGAACUCCGGGCCGAUGACAAAGACGAGCUCACUUUUCAGCGAGUCCCAGGACACAUCUCGGCGCUCAAGUCACCGGGUUUACUUGAAUAUCUGAAGAAGAAGGGCAUCAAGUCUGUUGUUCUUUCCGGUCUGAGCACUUCUGGUUGUGUUUUGAGAACGGCGGUGACGGCAACGGAUGCCGAGUUCGCGACAACAGUCAUCAGCGACGCUUGUGCCGAUGGGGAUGCGGAGCUUCAUCGGGUCAUCCUGGACAAGAUCAUCCCUUCAAGGGGCCACGUGAAGAGUGCUGCAGAGUUUCAGAAGGAAUUUGAAGGGGCUCAAAGUGUUUGA